AUGGGAUGUUGCGGGGGUGACGACACCGCAGAAAAAAGGUACAGUAAGCAGCUUGAGGAGCAAAUCAUGGAAGAUGCUGAAGAGUCGGCAAGAGAAGUUAAGCUGCUGCUAUUGGGGGCUAGAGAAUCUGGCAUAUCAACUGUUAUGAAGCAGAUGGUUAUCUUCCACAAGUCAGGAUACAACGAGGAGAGCCGAAAGAAGUAUAUAAAUUGUAUCCUAAAUAACGCUCUUGUGUCACUCAGCAACAUUCUACAAGCUAUGAACUCUAUAACGCCUCAUGUUGAAUUUGCCAACUCAGAACGGAAACCUGAUGGUGAAAAGCUCUUAUCCUAUGAGCUGUUGGAUACAACGGCAACUCAACUCCCUGAUGGUGCACCUGAGGUCAUGAAGGCUUUGUGGGCUGAUGGGGGUGUUCAGGCGUGCUUCCAGCGCUCCAAUGAGUACCAACUCAUGGAUUCAGCAAAAUACUACCUAGAUGCUUUGGAUAGGAUCUGUGAAACUAACUUUAUUCCUAAUGAGCAAGAUGUGUUAAGAUGCAGAGUGCAAACAACUGGUAUUGUCGAAGAAAAUUUUUCCCACCAAGGUUUACAUUACCGCAUAUUUGAUGUUAGUGGUCAAAGAUCUGAAAGAAGAAAGUGGAUCCAUUGCUUUGAAGGAGUAACUGCUAUCAUCUUUUGUGCAUCACUCAAUGCCUAUGAUUUGGUUCUGGCUGAAGAUGAGGCAACAAACAGGAUGCACGAAAGUAUGAAGCUCUUUGAUUCAAUAUGUAAUAACAAAUGGUUUACGGAUGCAUCAAUUCUCCUUUUCCUGAAUAAGAAAGAUCUAUUCGAGGAGAAAAUAACCAGGUCUUCUCUAAAGAUAUGCUUCCCUGAGUAUAAUGGUGCUGACGAAUAUACAGAGGCUGGUCAGUACAUUCAAGGUAAAUACGAAAUCCUCAACAGAACCGAAAACAGAAAAAUUCGCACAUAUUUUACCUGUGCUACCGACACCAGUAACCCCCAGUUGGUCGUUGACGCAUUAACGGAUAUCAUCAUCAAGAAUAACACGAAAGACUGUGGACUGUUUUAA